AUGUGGAAAUCCAAAGCGCUUAUCAUUCCCCUCUUUUAUCACAUCCAGCCGUUCCAGUUUCGAAUAGCAGAGAGUGAAAGCCAAGGAAGCAGAUAUGGAGAAGCAUUGCGGGAACACUAUUCUAAAGGCCGAUAUCCGCAAGAAGCCAUGGAGGAUUGGAAACGGGCGUUGUGUCAUGUUUCCAGUCUUCCCGGGUGGAUGCUCGACUCCAGAUCAUGUUCUGAAGGAGAGCUGGUAAAACGCGUAGUCUGCGACAUUAUCAGCACAUUGGAUAAAAUCCCCUUACACAACGUUGCAAAGCAUCCCGUCCAGCUUGACAACAAGAUACAAGAGGUCUCACGCUUGCUGAAUCUACAAAACCAAGCCGAUGUGGUCACAGUCGGUAUUUGGGGAAUGGGUGGAUGUGGUAAAACAACCAUUGCAAAGGCCGUGUUCAACCAUAUCGUUCAAUGUUUCGAUUCUUGGUCUUUUCUCUCCGACGUUCGGAAUAUGUCCCAGAAGCAAUUUCAAGAGCAGAUCAUCAGAGACACAAAUAUGACAUGUGCAGAGAUUUCGGCAUCGCAGCGAGCCCUGGUGGUUUUAGAUAAUAUUGAUGAUAGCAAGCAGGAGAAACAGAUUUUUGUGGACAUCGCUUGCAUUUUCAGUGGUAAAAAGGUAAAGGAGGGCAUCCGCUAUUGGAAAAGAUUCAACUGGGAUGUGCAUACGGCCAUCACAAAUCUUGAGCUUAAAUCGCUUAUAGUCAUAGGCGAUGAUGAUGUAUUAACGAUGCACAGCCUUCUCAGAGAUAUGGGAAAAGCGAUUAGAAAAGAAGAUGAGACCGCACGUUUAUGUUUCAACCGUGUGCCUGUGUUGAUUUCUCGGUACAAAUCGAGCAGCAAAUUGCGUACUAAUAAAAGCGCAACAGUGGUGGAAAGCACAAUUCCAGGUGCGAGAAAUGUGCAGGAAGAGAAGCGAUUAAUGGAUGCCGCUGAUUUGUUAUACAGAUACGGAACUUCACCCAACUUAGCUUUGAAUCUAUUGUAG